GUCAUAAAAAAACAUUAUUAUUAUUUUUUGAACCUGUCUGUAAAUAAAGAAUCAGCGAAUAGCUGAAAUAAAGAAUUAGCCAGUUAGCCGUUGACUAAUUAGCUGAGCUAAUUAAGUUAACCGGUUAAAUUAGCUAAGCCUAUCGGUUAGCUAGCUAAUUAAUUUAGCUAACUUUUUUAGCCGGCUUGGCCGGUUAAAUUGUACAGCCCUAAUAUACAUACAUUAGUAGUCUAGAAAUAAAUGAAUGUCAAUUUAUGUGAUGGAAAUGUAUUCACACCUAUCUGUUUUAUGAUGUCAGUUUUGUUAAAAAAUAAAUUAUUUCUCAACUAAUAAUAAACAUGUAAUUGUCAAGAAAAAUACUUGGGAUCUUUUAGCAAUUUUAUAAAAUUAAAAAAAAAAAAAUAACCUAAAUACCUUUUAUUGUAAAAGUUUCUGCGCUCAUGUUCAAUAAUAUCGACUAACUUACGAGGUCAAUAGGGCGCGUUUAACAAAAAAUAAAACGGGUUAAAUAGUUGAGAAGUUAAGAUUUGAAUGGAUGAUUAAAAGAGGUCAGAAGUAAGUAAUUAAUUGUACAAUCUCUUGAUUGGUUGAGAUCUAGUUGAAAAAAUUAGUUAAAUAAGUGAUAGGGUAAUUUUCAAGCUUGUCUGAUAAAGUAAGCUCUCUUUACCUAGAUUCAUCACAUGAGCGAAAGGACGAGGUGCUGCCUGGUACGCUAGUCGUAGGUACCCCCUCUUAUUCGUCGAUACUCAUACUUAGUAAUCCUUUACUCAAACUUACCUUACUGAUCUUAUCCUCAAUUUUAUCGUGCACCGCGCUUGCGGGGAUCCACAACGAAAUACAUUCACAUGCACGCAUUCAAAUGUCAAAUUUUGUUAUUCUUACUCUAUCGCUUGAUCUAACCGAUUUACUCUACUAGGCAAUUUCAUUUCAGUUUUAACGGGUAUUUCAUGGAACACACUACAAAGCCAAAAAUUGAUAGUAACAAGUUGAGAUAAUUUUUUUCUUUCUAUCCAAUUAAUUAUCCAAUCUAUUUUGAUCCUAAAAUUUAAAAAGAAAAAAUCAGUAAUUGAGUAAAAAACAGAAUAACGCAAUGGGUAAAUAAUGAUAUAUUUAUGCGGAGUUUCGUGAAAAAUAUUCAAUUCGAAGAAUGAAUUCUUAAAAAAUGAGGCUCCCUGAAGAUGACAUCUCAGAUAUUAAACAAGAAAAAGAAGAAGAAACGGUAGAAAAUAAUCAGGAUAUAACAGAGCCUGUCACUAGCGAUGUUCUAUUGGAUAUUGAUUCGGUUCCCUUGACUCUUUACGAACGCUUCUUAUCUGUAAAACAAAUUGUUAAGGAUGCGAUAGCCGCACAUCACACUUUUAUGAUUUAUGGGCGUGCCAAAGUUAUUCGAGAGUGUUUGCUCAAACGCGGCUGGAUCGAAAAAUUUUAUCGAAGAAAUAGUAAUGGAGAAAGAUUAAGAAAUCAUCACUCAAUUGUUAAAACGCACCAUCGUUUACGAGUACGAAACGUUCUUGGCGAUCAACAACUUGACCAAAAACAACAACCUUGGAUUCAAUCACAGCCUCAACAACACGCUGGAGCAGAUUCAAGCCCAGUAGUUCUACUUUCUGGAAUUGGAAAUCUUAAGGAUGAGCAAAGUAAACAAUUACUGAUUUCUAAAAUACUUGUGAAUCAUACAGUUAAUUUUUUAUGGAAUUCGGGAUCAGAUUGGUCUGGAUGGCCAUCACAGGAUAACAAAACAACUAUUUUCAAUCGCUACUCUAGAGCUGGAUUUACUUCUAAGGUUGGAUUGUGUUCAAGUGUGCGUCAAAUGCACUGGUAUUACGAACCAGGUAUUGCAAAUACUCUCUUCCCACGUUGCUACAAUAUUUGUCAAGCUGAUCAUUUACAUGCUUUUAUUGAAGACUUCAGACUCACGGCUUGUGUCAGUUUAUUGAAAUGGUUUGUCGAAAAAAUGGAUAAUCAAACAGAAAGCAGAGAAAUGCCAUCUACAGUACCAUUAAAAGCACUAGAUUUUGCAAUACGUCGUUGCAGUGAUUUUAUAGCAGCUCAAUCACACGAAGAUAUUGACAAAGAAAGUGAACGAGUAUGGUCGCAUCAAUGGGAUCAAUUUAUUUGUUGGUAUUAUAAAAUUGUACAUAACGAAGCUUUUUUUCUUGGAACCGAUAUAGCCUUUCAAAAAUAUAUUCUUGCGGCAAAGCAUAUUUUAAAACGAAUGAGAAAAUACUGGCAACAAUUAGAUAUGGAUGGAGUGUUGAGUAUAUGGAUAUUGAAACCUGGAAAUCGGAGUCGUGGUCGUGGUAUUGUACUAAUGAAUAAAAUUGAAGAUAUUAUAGCUAAAGUUAGUCCAGCAAACAAGUCAGAUACACGCUACGUUGUGCAAAAGUAUAUUGAGAGACCAUUGCUAAUAUACAAUACAAAAUUUGAUAUCCGACAGUGGUUUAUCGUGACUUGUGCUCAACCUUUAACAUUAUGGAUGUACAGAGAGAGUUAUUUACGGUUUUGUUCACAAAAGUUUCGUUUGAAUGAUCUUCACGAAUCGAUACAUUUAAAUAACCAUGCAGUUCAAUGCAAAUAUAGAAAUAGUCCAGACCGUGAUACAGCGCUGCCCAAUGACAAUAUGUGGGAUGCAACUACAUUUAAAAAAUUUCUCAAUUCUCAAGGUCACAGUAAUGCUUGGGAUGAAUUAAUUUAUCCAGGAAUGAAACAAAGUCUUGUAGGUUCAUUAUUAGCCAGUCAAGAGGCAAUGGAUCGAAGAAAAAAUAGUUUUGAAUUAUAUGGUGCAGAUUUUAUGGUGAUGGAAGAUUUUUCAGUAUGGCUAAUUGAAAUCAAUAGUCAUCCAGAUAUGAGUUACAGUACAACUGUAACAACUCGGUUGUGUAAACAAGUUAUGGAAGAUUUGAUUAAAGUUAUUAUAGAUUUCCGAGAAAAUAAAAAUGCAAAUACUGGUCUAUUUGAGUUGGUAUACAAACAGCGAAUGCCCAACUGUCAACCGUAUUUAGGUACUGCGUUGUCUGUUCAUGGAACAAGCAUAAAUACUAAUGAGAAAAAGUUAAAUAAUUCAGAUACUAAAAUUAUCCCCAAACUCCCAUUGAGCUGCAUAUCAAGGAAAAAAUCAACGGCAAACAAUUAUAUCGGACCAGUAAUUAUUGACCUCAUUGAAGAAUUAGAAAUUCAAAUAGAUCGAGAAUUGCAUUCUUAUUAUAAAGAAAAUUCUCUGAAUGAUUCAAACUUUUCAUCACCUCUCUUAACAUCUCCUAUUACCUCGUCAUCACAAAAUUCAUUAGCUCUUGCACUAGUUCAUGUUGAAGGUGGCCCUAGUCUGAAAGAUUCGAUAAGUUUUACGAGUUCUGGAAUUAGCUCAAAAAAGCUAUCACUUAUUCGAAGUACCCAAAAGACUAAUAGAAAUACGCAAAGUGGCCAUUCGUCACAAAAGUUGUUUAUGAAUAACGAUUCAAUAAAGAAAUACUGUUCGAAACAGAAAACAUCAAAAGUAACAAAUAAUCAUCGACAGAUAGCUAAAACUGCCGGGAAAUUUAAGUCAGAAAAAUAUGCUAAAAAAAAAAAUGAGGAUGAAAAGUUGAUGGGAAAAGCAGUUCGUAGUGCAAUAAAUAAAUGUAAAAAAUAUGAAAUUAUUUCCCUCGAUGUACCACCACUGCCAUCAUUAACAACACCAGGAAAAUCCGGAAAUCGAGUAUCUAGAUCCUUUGUAAAUAGUAAAAUAAAAGAUAAUUUGUAUGUUCAAAAGAAGCAAGAAGCACUAGCGAUAACCGAAAUAUGCGCUAAAGGUCUGAGUUUAACUAAAUAUAGUUGACAAACUUUCAAAUU